AUGGCCGGAAACAUGGGCUUUCCCCUCGUUACCGAGGAGGACUUCAACUUCGCCAUAGGAUUCACCAUGGAGUCUCCCCUCGAGGCACGCCUCAACACAGCUCGUGAGGACUUCAACCUCCAGUAUCGUCACCUUCGCCAGGCGGACGGCCAAGACCAUGCAGCCAGCGUUGAUGGCGACCAAGCCUUCCAUCUGUUCCCCAGGCUGCCAGCUGAGCUGCGACUCGAGGUCUGGAAGCAGGUUGUCAAGAACCUGCCUGUCCCGAAAGUCCAAGAAUUUGACUUCGACCUUGCGUACGACGCCAAUGCCGCCCCAGAGGGCCGCGCUGGAAACGGCUUGGUUGCCUGCUUCAAGCCUAAGCACAACCGCCAGCUCGCUGGCCACCGUGGUCUUCUCAUGGCCUGCAUCGACUCCCGAGAGGCCUUUUUGAAUUCUAGCGACUAUCACAUGCUGCCUCUGACCUACCUCGUUGCCCUUGAUGUCGAGAAUACCACCAAGGAGAAAGUGGAAAAAGCCGAGAGCUUCGAGGACUACGUCAAGAAGACGAAUGCCACGUUCAGGAAGAAGUAUGGCACGAUCGAGAGCAAGAAGACUAUUAAGAUUAGGAGGGUCGGAAAUACUACUUUCAGAGUCAAGAAGAUAACCCCCCAGGCCAACGACGUCGCCCACAAGAUCACGGACAAACAUUCCCAAGCCAACAAGGCCUUCGUUCGCGUUCUCUUGCCCGUCAGCUUCGAGCAUACCCGUUUCCUCAUCGACAAGGUGGCAGAGACCUUUGCCUACAAAUCUGUUCACCCGACGCCACCACCGCCAUGUAUGGCUUUCGGCCGGGCUGCAGGACUCGAGUUCGUCCACUCGAUCAAGAAGCUCGCUUUCUCCAUGGACAAGAAGGCCUGGUUCAAGACCAGCCUCUUCUCAGACUUGUUCGCCACCUCUCUGGACCAGUAUCGGGUCGAUCCCAAUACCCCGCCAUACAUUUUGGGCAAGCUCGAGGAGCUGUCCUACGCGAGUGCCAGUGCUGUGGAGCGCCAGUGCUGCAUCGGUGCGGAUCUGAUCUGGGAGAGCGUCCCCACCAUCGCGGUUCAACAGUUCGAACGACGGUCCAGUCCGUCGGAGGGAUGGCAUAUCCUGGACUUGUACAGACUGCAAAUACACCUGCUGAACCAGUGGGCUCGGUUCCAUUCGGACUUCAACUUGCGCUGGGGAGGAGCCAUCCGUCAGAAGUGCACCUGUCCUCCCCGCUGA